GAAAUCUUUGGGAAUCUUUGAGAAUCUUUAGGAAUCUUUAGAAAUCUUUAGAAAUCUUUGAGAAUCUUUGGGAAUCUUUAGAAAUCUUUGGGAAUCUUUGAGAAUCUUUGGGAAUCUUUAGAAAUCUUCGGGAAUCUUUGAGAAUCUUUGAGAAUCUUGAAAUCUUGAAAUCUGCUUUUUCCCCCUUGAUAAUUAUUCAACCCUGCAAUACUACGUCUGUCACAAAUCGGGUAUUUAAAUAGCUUUCUAACACUUGGACUGCUCCUUAUAGUAGGAGGUAAAGAAAUUUACCAUAGUAUUGCGUCAAAGUUUAUCGCCUUCCUAAAAAAUUGAGCUUGCGCCGCUGGUGAAGUUGAUGAUGCUUCACCAAGUACUAUACCAGACACAUAUCAGAUUAAUUCUCAGGUAUUAUUAAAGUAGAGUACGCAAACUGGUAAACAUCGUUUGACGUCACAGACACAGGAGCAUCAUCCAACAAACAGAAUCCAACCAGACAAAAGUUUCACAAAAGGCUUUUAAACGCAUAAACGGGAAUCAUGAUUGCAAACCAUUAAUGAUUAUUAUUAAAACGUCAGAAACGCCAUUCUUAGCCAGAAAUUAUUACUUUUAGAGCGUUUAAAUCAUGAAAACCGCAUGUUUUUAGCGUUUAAACGCGCAUAAAUGCUGCAACUAAAAACUCGCGUAUUUAAACGCUAAAAAUAAGAGGUUUUGGUCAUUUAAUCAUUCUGAAAGUAAUAGUUUCAUGCUAAGAACGGCGUUUCCGAUGUUUUAAUAAUUACCAUGAAUGGCUUGCAAUAAUGAUUCCCGUUUAUGCGCUUAAACGCCUUUUUCAAAACUUUUGUCCGCUAGGGAAAUCAUCUUUGAAGUUUAUUCAGUCGACAUGUGAUCUUCGAUGUCUUUUUUUAUUUUUUUAUUUUGAGUGAAUCAGUGCGACACUUAUUUUGAUUCGAAUAUUUUACUAUUUUCUCUUGAAUCCGUUGGGAAAAACAAAAACAGUUAUAAACUACUAUAUAAAGAAUGUAUUUUUGUAGUUAUAUGAAGAAGUUUUGAAGUAGAUCAAUUUUCUCAAAGUGCUUCUAAGUACGUCAAAGUUACCCAAAGUACGCUAAAGUAACUUGAAGUAUGGUAAAGUUACUUGAAGUAGCUCUAAGUACUCGAAAAGUACUUGAAAGUACGGAAAAGUAACUUGAAGUACAAAAGUUUACUGUUUCCCCUUGUCAUAACUCUUAAUGAAAAUGUGAGAGAGAGAUCUGAAAUUUUCACUAAACUUAGAGCACAUACCAAUGUAUAUCGCUUAGAAAUCACAUCCCACACCCACACCCUCAAGAAACACGCCUAUUUUGUUUUUGAUAUUAUCAAGGCAUAUGCAGUACGGUACCAAUGAACAGUUUUGUAGAAUAAAAGAUGCUUGCCCUUAAUGCAAUAAAAAGUUGUUAAGAACCACAUUCUUUGUUAAUUCUGACAAACUAUCUAACUAAACUUGAUAAAAAUAGACUUGUUAAGAUGUAAAGUCAUCGUUAUACAAAGAAUGCCAACUAAGAGUGACAAUGAUUUGUUGUUGAUGUGAUAUACUUUUGCUCUUCAGAACAAUGAAAAUUGAAAAGGUAUGCAUUAAUUUUUAUCAUACUUGACACAAAUUCUUUAAUCUAUCAUUUACUUUGUGUUUUGAAAACAAUGACAACGUUUUAACGAUAAAAAGAAAGCAUAUCAUCAAUGUGAGAGAAUUAAAAUGUCGCUUUAUGUUUUUCGCAUACGUCAUCCUGAAACUGUAAUAAAUAUGUUUUUAUUCUGUUUGACUCUAUUUCAUUUUGAUACUACUAUCAUAGUGAAUAUUUCUUACACUACUUACUAUCAAUCGCAGCAAAAUUUUAAUUUUGGACCAUGUCCAUAGACUAUCGUAUUAUUCUGUUCUUUUUUACAUGGAUGUAAGUAUCUAUUCAGUACGUUUUUCAAUUUUUUUUGAAAGCAUUCUAAGAGAGAGUGAUUCAUUGAAUAAAUAAUUUAGCCUUUUAUUUUUCAAGUUGAAAAUUUUUUCUGAUAUCAUCAAUUGACACGGCUACUACUUAUGCGUAUUAACAGUGAGACGGAAGAUUGGGUAUAUGAUGAAUAAAAUGAGAGACAGACGUUGUGAAAGAAUUCAACUUCGUCAAUUUUGGAGAUGCACAGUUAAUUAAAUAUCGUUUCUUUUUUGUUGACUUUGAAUGCCUUUAAUAGAACUGGAUCAAGUACAUAUCCUCAUGCUGCAAUUCUGUUCGAUUCACGCAAAGUUACUAAUGUUCACCGAUCAUCCAAUGCUAUAGCUACAAGUGAAAUAUAUGAUCCAUUAGUAGACAAAUGGACCACUACUGCAAGCAUGGCGAUGCCACGUAUAUUUCAUACUGCAACUCUGUUGAAUUCGGGUAAAGUUCUCGUCGCAGGUACUGGAGGAUAUACCGGUUAUACUGCUACGUGUGAAUUAUACGAUCCAUUAGCCGGUCAAUGGCAUGCUGCUGCAAAUAUGACAAUACCACGUGGUUUUCAUACUGCAACUCUGCUGAAAUCGGGUCAAGUUCUCGUCACUGGCGGUAGUACGUAUGACUUGAAUGGUGCUUUGAAUACUUGCGAAUUAUAUGAUCCAUUAACGAAUACAUGGAGUCUCACAGGAAGCAUGGCGACGUCACGUUCUAGCCAUACUGCAACUCUACUCAAUUCAGGCAAAGUACUUGUCACGAGUGAUGCAACUACUUCUGAAAUAUAUGAUCGAUCGACAGGUCAAUGGAGUUUUCUUACAAGCAUGGGACCGGAAGCGCGUUAUGAUCCUACUGCAAACUUGCUCAAGUCAGGUAGAGUUCUUCUCAUUGGUGGUAUGCAAUCAGCCAGGUAUUCGACUAGUUCUGAAAUAUAUGAUCCAUUAACAAAUAAAUGGGAUACUAUCAGAAGUAUGACAACAGGACGUCGAUUUCACAGUUCAAUUUUACUCGCUUCGGGCAAAGUUCUUGUUACUGGUGGUGUCGGAUACGCUAAUUUUUUAAACAGCUGUGAGAUAUAUGAUCCAUCAACGAGCAAAUGGAACAAUAUUACUCACAUGAUCGAAGAACGUUCUUCCCAUACUACAACGAUGCUUAGAUCAGGAAAAGUUCUUGCAACGGCUGGCUAUGGGUAUACCGGCUACUUGGAUAGUUCUGAAAUAUUUGAUCCUUCGGCUGGUAGAUGGACUCCGAGUGCACGCUUGUCAACAACACGUGCUUCGCAUACUGCCACCAUGCUCAAUUCAGGCAAAGUUCUUAUCACCGGUGGCGAAAAACUAGGCGUUGAAAUGACUCAUCGAUUAUUUUGA